AUGCGUGAAGCUGACUUUCGAAUCGGUGUGUUGUGAUCGUGAGUCAGUCUCAGUCGGUACCGACUCGCAGGCGGCUGCGGACGCCAUGCUGCGCGCAGUGACAGACGGCUGGAAACGCUACUGGUGGGGAACAGGGAUUUUGCCAGACCGAACAAAUCGUAUAGAAGACAUCUACUUAAGAUUUUACAACGGGAGCACAGGAGAGGAGUACGUAGACUUUCCCCUGGGCCAAGCUUCCCGCCUGUUCGAAAUAAAGGGUUUCGACAAGAACAAUCCCACAGUACUGUACAUACAUGGAUUCAUCGAAACGGCGCAACAGGAGAGUGUCCAGGUCAUGGUGAGCGCCUACUUGGAAGCUAAGCCCAGUACCAAUGUCGUGCUCCUGGACUGGUCUAAUAUGUCACAUGGCUCGUACUUGGUCAACGCUGCAAGGAACACUAAAAAGGUGGGCGCAGCGGCAGCAGAGCAGAUCUACAAUCUGCUAGAAUCCGGACUGCAGCGGGAAAAGCUACACGUCAUCGGGCACUCACUCGGCAGCCACGUCGCCGGCUACACGGCGAGGGAGCUCAAGAACAAAUAUCAAACAACUGUCAAAAGAUUAACCGCUCUCGAUCCGGCCUUUCCAGCGUUUUACCCCGAUGGCGUAAUGAUGGAGCACGUGAGCGCCAAGGACGCUGAAUUCGUGGACGUGAUCCACACGGACGCCGGCGGCUACGGCGCGCCCGUGCGCACGGGAACCGCGGAUUUCUGGCCCAACGGCGGCAAAAGCAUACAGCCCGGCUGCCCGAGGUUCGCGCCCAUACCGCUCUCUGAUGAUAAUUUAUGCAGUCACUGGAGGUCGUGGCGCUUCUACGCAGAGUCGAUCCGGAACCCGGAGGCGUUCCCAGCAUCCCCUGCAGAGUCCUACCACAAGUUCCGCGACAACCCCACGCCCGAAGUGGGAAUGGUCUACAUGGGCGAAAACUGCGAUACGAGUGCACAGGGCUCUUACUACCUGACAACGAAUUCAAAAACUCCGUUCGGAAAAGGCAUGGACGGCAUCCAUUCAAAAAGCAAAAAACAACAAAGAUAGGUCAUCUAGAAGUACCUGAGAAUUUAGUAUAAAUUGAAACGCACAUUAACGGUAGGUAUAUUAGGAUGUAAGAAUUAGUAGAUUUAGGAUUUUCAUUAAGUAGAUGGUAUUAAAAGAGUUAUAAAAUGGACGUAUUUUUGCAAACGGGAACCAACCCACACGAAAUUCUCAUUGAAAAUCGAACCUUAAUGUUAAAACAAUGUAGUUAACAUUUGAUUGAGUAUUUGGUGUGGGUUGGUUCCCGUUUGCAAAAAUACUUUCAAAUUGACAAUCAAGAUUAAAAUUUUAACAUAGGAAAAUGGCAUUUAUUUAUAACGUCAAGUACUUCGACCGUAAAACAACUCUUGCUAAAGGGUGCGGUUCUAUCAGAAGCAAUUCGUUUGACAAGUUUUGUCUUAUAAGUAUUGUGUUGAUAAAACGCAGCCGCCUGUCGAGCGAGCCCAUAAACAUCUUAAGCAUGAGGACCUGUUACACUUAAUUUUAAGGUCGUGUCUCGUUUGUCUUCACGGCCAUAUAAUAAAUACCUAUCAUAAAGCACGUACAAUAAACCUUGACUUUUAAGAAAACGUACAACAUGACAUGACAAUGGUUUGCUAGUCAAUCGCUGUUUCGACAAUCACUGCGGCCGUGUUAUUGAUGUAUUUACAUACAGUUAAUUGAGCAACCUUUGGAAUGAACUUGCUUCACGGCCGUGUAUUGUGCGUAAUUUUCGAUGUAUCCAUUUUUAUUUUUUGGAUAAGUAAAUAAACAUCAAAUAAAUAUUGCUUACAUCCAUUAAUACUUAGUUUACAUAUUGCUUUUGUGAAAUAUAAAUAUGUCAUGGCGUGAUAUGGCCUAAAAUGAAUAUGCUCGUGAAUACUCACGACAGUUCUUGAUUAUUUAAACAAAAUAUGUAUUAUUUAACUUUACAACUGUUGUGAAUGUAAUUUUUUUGAGUUUUUUUAAUAUCUCAAAUAUAUCGCUCUACCAAAUGAAAACAUGCCAGGCCAACGCAUUUAUGUAAGUCUAUCUAAAUUCGUAAAUUUAUAAGUAUUUAAUAUAGUACCCACUCGUAUUCUUUUUUAUAGCAUCACAAUUAUUUUGAUGUAAGAUAAUACAAAUAUGACUGAUUUUUAAAAUCAUGACUAUAUUUAAAUUAAAAUAGUUCUUGUAACAUAUUGUACGUGAACUUAUUUACAAUACGUUCUGAGGGAUUAUUCCGAUACUUCAAUCGGAUAUAUUAAUACAGUCUGCACGCGAGCUCCAAGGAUCACAGCUCACAGCGAACACCUGCUGCCUCUCUACGACCACGCGAUUGGUGUAAGCUUCCGCCACCCGCAAAUCCUCAGAGCAGAGCCCACUCGCAAACUAUAUCCAAGUAAACAAUAAAAUUAUGUUUAAGAAGCUUAGGCAAUUUUAUAUGAAGAUGUAGUUAGUUAGCGGCAGCCGAGCAUAUAUUUACUUUGUCACAGGAAAGUAACGAUAAUGAUAAAUCAUUUCUGCUCUAUUUUUUUUUGACCGUGAUGAAUAAAAGGCUCAUCGGAGGUCGACUGAAAUAUUUCCCUGAUCCUUUCGUAAAUUUUGAUAGAAAGUAACAGUCUGAAAUUGAUAUACAGUAUAUAAAACGACAUCACGUAUCAGUGUUCAAUCGGUACUUAAUAAAAGGCUUUAAAGGCAUUUCCGUAUUUAUAUUGUAUUGCGGGAACAUAAUGUUUAAGUAGGACUAUUAUUAUAAUGAUGUAACAUCACAAGCGAUGUGGCGCUAACAUUUCGUACCUUCUUGUAAAUUUAAAUUAAAGUUGAGUUUACUUUUAAUUUACAAA